UCUACGGUUUUUCUCUUGAUUAUAAAGCCCGCAUGGUACUUUCGUGGUUUUAAAAAUAGGAAAUAAAUAAAACUAAAAAGUUUAUACUUACAUUCCGUUUAAAUAUUUGUGAUUCGAUGCCUGGAUUUUUUAAAAAGGGCGACUUUGGAUAAAACAUAAUUGUAAAAAAUAGUUUAAAACGCCAAAUUUUUAUUCGGAAUUAGAUUUGUAAGUUAACUACUGUGUGAAAGAAAAUUUGCAUAUCCCAUUGCGCGAAAAGGAUAGAUAGCUAUUAUUGAAAAAGCGAAUAUAGAAAAAUUUCUUAAUACUGAUGCGAAAUAUUUAAAGGAUAAAAAAAAUUAUUUUAUAUUAAUUGAAUCUUUGUUCUUUUUUUUUCGUUUUUUUUGGAACUAAAAGUUGACGUCGAUAAAUAAUUAAAUUAUAAGUAAAAAGGAAACCAAUUCAAAAUGGGAAAUAUAUUUGCAAAUCUGUUUAAAGGACUUUUCGGUAAAAAGGAAAUGAGAAUAUUAAUGGUCGGUUUGGAUGCUGCUGGUAAAACCACAAUUUUGUACAAACUCAAAUUAGGUGAAAUUGUUACAACGAUACCUACAAUUGGUUUCAACGUCGAGACUGUAGAAUACAAGAAUAUUAGCUUUACAGUAUGGGACGUAGGCGGUCAAGAUAAAAUUAGACCAUUGUGGAGGCAUUAUUUCCAAAAUACACAAGGUCUCAUUUUCGUCGUUGAUAGCAAUGACAGAGAGCGUAUCGGAGAAGCAAGAGAAGAAUUGAUGCGAAUGUUAGCUGAAGAUGAACUCAGAGAUGCUGUUUUACUUAUAUUUGCCAACAAACAGGAUCUGCCAAAUGCUAUGAACGCAGCCGAAAUAACUGAUAAGUUAGGUUUGCAUUCACUGAGAAAUCGUAAUUGGUAUAUUCAGGCGACGUGUGCAACUAGUGGUGAUGGUCUAUAUGAAGGUCUCGAUUGGUUAUCCAAUCAAUUAAAGAAUGCCAAUCGCUAAAAUUAAUUUUAUAUUAAUUAAUAAAAGACAGAAGAAGAAACACACACCUAAAUUAAAUUUAAUUUACAACUACAUUAAUUACAAAAGGAAAAAGAAAAUAAACAAAAAACAAAAAAUAAUAAAACAAAAAAAAAUAAAAAUAAUAUAAAAAAAUUUACAAAAAAUUUAAUAAAUUUCAAGAGAAUCAAACCCAACUAAGUCUUCAAUAGAACAGCAACAACAAUAACAUCGGAAUAGGAUACCACAGAAAAAAAAGUCUCAGAAAAAGAAGAAGUUUAUAACAACAUAAUUUCUUAAUAAUAUAUAUAUAUAUAUAUAUACGUAUAUAUAUGAAGGAAAAUAAUAAAAAAACAAAAUUGAUAUAAAAAAAAUGCAUAAAAAAUUAAAAUACUUUUUUUUUUUUGUUUUUAAUUAAGGUAUAUAUACAUAUAUAUAGAUAAAAAAUAAUAAUAUAGAA